UAUGGAUCGUCCCGCACUCAUCCCUGCAUCUGAAGCAAGCCGGCCCAGAAGGACGACACCUCCCUCGCGUUGCUCGUCCUUCCGCUGAUGCCGCUAUCGCCAAGCCGGCAGCAUCAAAAGCCAUCACGGGACGGAUGGAAAGAAAGGCGGAUAACUCACACGCAGCUAACACACUGCCCCACUCUAUCCAACUCGACUCGCGGUCGUCGGGAUGCGCUUGUUGUCCCCAGACGAGUUUGUGGCUCACACAGGAAAUGUCAACUGUCUCCGUAUCGGCCCGAAAUCCGGGCGAGUCAUGGUUACUGGAGGCGAAGACAAACGAGUCAAUCUCUGGGCGAUCGGCAAAACCAACCCUGUGAUGAGCCUGUCGGGACAUGCAACCUCUGUCACUUGCGCCACGCUGGACUGGCUUGAGGAGUUUGUCGCUGCCGGAUCAGCAAGCGGUGUGCUCAAGCUCUGGGACUUGACCCACAGCAAAGUGAUCCGGACGUUGACAGGCCACAAGAGCAUGACAACGACUGUGGAGUUCCAUCCGUUUGGAGAAUUCUUUGCCUCGGGCUCGGCCGAUCGGACGAUCAGGGUCUGGGACGUGCGGCGCAAAAGCUGCAUCCAGACCUAUGCCGAUCACUCCGAUGACAUCACAUCGCUCAAGAUCAGCCCAGACGGGCGAUGGAUAGCCUCCGGCGGCGUCGAUUCUACAACCAAAAUCUGGGAUAUGACCGCGGGCAAGCUUUUGCAUACAUUCAGCGACCACACCCUGCCAAUCACUUCGCUCGCGUUCCAUCCGCACGAGUUUGUGCUGGCGUCGGCGAGCGAGGACGGCACGAUUCGAUUCUACGAUCUGGAAACCUUUGAUGUUGUGUCGUCGACAUCCAACAACCAGGGAUCGCAUCCACUGCUGAUCGAUUUCCAUCCGGACGGCAAGUGUAUCCUUGCGGGACACGAGUCGUCACUUGAGGUCUGGACAUGGGAGCCGGCAGAGUGUCUCGACACCGUGUAUGUCAACUGGUCCAACGUGACAGACAUCAAGGUCCUGGCGGACGAGUCCAAGCUCAUCGGCAGCAGUCUGGACCACACCUUUGUCUCCAUGUGGGGAAUGAACACCAAGACCCUCAACCUGAGUGUGCCAACACCAAACCUUGCUCCAAAUCUCCCAGCACCAUCUCAUCAUGGCGAUGCAAUCGCUUCCAAGGAGUGGCCUGGCUCUGUGCCGGCCGAGUCUGCCGAUAAUUCUUGGAAAUCUCCAAGUGUGCAGGAUCACGCUCAACGAGCCAGCAGUGGGAGCCGAACACCGACGCCAGGCAGAUACGCUGACAGGGCAGCGCCAUUCCCACAGCCGUCGCGAGAGCACACUCCAACUCCGCCUCAGCGCUCUGUGCCAGUCGGGCUUGCCGAGCAACGACCAGGUCUCAUCGAUCAAUCUUCCCCGUUCGGUCCGGCUACAUAUGGACCCCAGUACUCCCAACCAGCGGCGACGAUGUACCCGCAGCCAACGCCGCCUCAGUCAUCCGCGUUCUCAAUCGCAGAUCAGCAGAGGCAGCAGCUGGGCUAUCCGCAUCUCGAGUCACAGCCGGUCUACGAUGCUCGACAGUACGAGUCUGCUCCGAGCCGAUCCAUGCCCGGACAGUCAGCCGAGACCCGUGCUCCUGGACGCACACUUAUCUCCGCCGGCACGGGCGAGAAGCCGCUGAAUCUGGACGUUGCGCGAUUUGUGCAGCCCCGCAGCUCGUCACCAAGACCCAACCUUCAGUCCGACGCGCUUCAGUUCCCUGAGCCCCAGAACGAAUUUGAUGUCAUUGACAUCCUGUCGUUCCGCAACACGAGCAUGAUGACCCUGCUUUCCAACCGGCUCGACACUCUGCGCAUGGUCCGGCAGCAGUGGGAUGAGCAGAAUAUCAAGAAGGCCAUUGCCACCGUGGUGUCUUUGAGAGACCCUGCUGUGCUCGUAGAUAUCCUCCGGAUCGUCAAUCUCAAGCCCAAGCUGCUGACGCUGGAGAUAUGCUCGCUUCUCCUCCCAUCGCUCAACGAUCUCUGUUGCGACAUUUACGAAGACUACAUCACGGUGGCAUGCACAACUAUCCGGUCGCUGUGCCGGAUAUUCUCGAACAUCAUCCUGACGACCCUCGACUCGGAGCGGCUGAACGGCGGCGUUGUGGAUAUUUCGCAUGAGGAAAGGCUGAAGCGGUGUCAGAUCUCGUACGAUGAGUUUCGGAAAGCCGUCGACAACCUCGAUCCGCUCAAGAGGACGGCUGGACACGUCGGGGUGCUGGUGCGCGAUACGUUGAAGGAUCUGCAGAUGUUCAUCUGAGCGACGACAGCGCUUUGGGCCUUGGACUGGCUGCACGGGCGGGCGCUUGUACUAUCCGUAUCAGAAGUGACUCAAAAGGACUGU